AUCCACCAUGCCAGCCUAGUACGGGUUAGCGGACCCCACAUAAUUUUAAAAUUCUUAUGUUUAGGGGAAUUCUCAGGUAUCUACGUUUCUCCACGAACUUUUCACUUAGCAUUAAAAGCGAAUGAUAAUUGGUAAACAAUACACACGUAACUUCGAAAAUGAGCUGCGGACCUUCGUCUCUGCAUUCAGUUCCAGUUUGUAACAUUUUAAGAUAAUAUUGUUCUAUUUUCAGAAUGUUGCAUAUCCGAGGCGCGCUGUGUGUGGUCUGGGCUUGUGUAUUUAUGUACCAAGCUUCUGCGUACCCCUACGAGCUUGGCGAUGACCUAGAUCGUAACCUGGAUAUAAAUUAUAUUGACAUUGGGCCGCCGCCAAUGAAACUCGAGGAUCCAACGGAAGAUUAUCUACUUUACAAAUUCAUCCAAUCACUCAGAACUGGUGACAAUAACAUACCCCAACUUCAGGACGGGGUAAACUGGUAUGCAAUAGACAAUGUACCGAACUCUAUGGUUGAUGACGACCUAAUUCCCAUCAUGAAGAGGGUGCCGGCCCAGAGACCAGCCACUACGGAAAAACCGAAAGACGGACCGGUAAUCAAGCCCGUAAGGAAAUGGCAUGGCAGGAAACAUGACCAAAAAAAUUGGGUAUGCUACUUCAAACUCUGCAGUUUCCGCUUACCGGAGAAGUGAAUGAUUUGACGACAAACGCAGAAAGGUAUAACAUCUGAUUAUAUAUAAGUACACUUGUUAACCGAUCUCAAUAAAAUUUGUGUAUUUGAAAUAGUAUUUGAGCGAUUUUAAGAAUUUUAAUGAGUUGUUUCUGUGUGUGGGUGGAUGCUUACAUCGCGCCGCGCCGCCUUUGUCUUUGUUUUUGUUUACAUGGCAUUAUAUGUGGAAAUUGUUGUGCAUAAUUUAUUGUAUCAUUGUUUUUAAUAUAUAAAUGUUAUGUUUUUUUCUGUAGUUUUCCAAAUAAAGUAAAAUAAAAUAAUAAAAAAAAUAGUUUAUUAUUUGUAAAGGCUGAAGAAAUAUACGGCAUGUUAAUUAUAGUAAUGUGUUAAAAUAAAACUGCUUAUUUCUAUUAUUUUACGGUCUAUAUUAGUUGUACAAUAUGAUAAUUGUAUUAGAAUUAUA